AUGUGGGCUUCUCCAAAAUAUUGCAUAGCAGUUAGAAAAAUUAUGGACUCCAUAGACAAGAAAGUUCAUGAGAAAUUAGAUGAAGAAGAACUCGAAGAUACAGUAGAGAAUGCUAAACAUUUGUUUGAAGAAGAAGUUGGAAAAAUGUGUGAAAAACAAUUAGAACAUGAACGCGAGAUAUGUUAUGGUUAUAGAGAUUCUUCAUACGAACUAGACCAAUGGGAACAAGAAGAUUUAAAGAGAGAAUUUAGAGAAUAUGAACUCGCUAAGAUAGCAUUUGAAGCUGCAGAAAAGAAGUUAAAAGUUUGGGGUCGUUUUGUACAAAAAUAUUGUGAGUAA